AUGUGCUUUAAGCCCUGCAUGGCAGAUAUGAGGCUCGAGGAAAUCUCAUUAUCCCAGGGCUCCCGAGUCUUUAAUAUUGACCUUUCAGGUGGCUUGGCAACUACAGGCUCCCAAGAUGCAACUGUUGUGUACAAAUUGCCAAAGAGAGAAAGGCAUGGACAACUGGAUUACGAUCCAAGUUGUAUGAAGAUUCAAGGGGAAGAGAGAGAAAAUUCGAUUCGAUUCGCAAUACAGGUGAACAUUAAAUGCUUUUGCAUUUUGAACCCGGAGCAUUCCAGCAAACCUGGAGAGGUGACCCUCACCUAG